AUGCCCAGAGCUGUGAGCUCCCAGGUCGACCUGGACGUCGCCGAAAAUGGCUAUAUGACCCCGAGGGAGGACUUCUUCACUCGAAGGACACAAUCACCAAACAACCGCGUCAAGGGUCACAGUCAGGACCACGAGGAGAACCCUUCAAACCCAUUUCAAGACGCCUCUGUGACCCGCCCAAACCAGCCAAACGCUGAGAGCCUGGCUCGAAUGAUCUCCAACGCGAGAAAGGAAAAGCGCGGCAGCAAGAUUGGACUUCGAGAUCGUAUCUGUUGUUUUCAAUGGACCUGGUUUACGAUGACAAUGGCAACUGGUGGGAUUGCCAACGUCCUGUAUACUAUAUCAAAUGUUUACAAAGCCGAAUGGCUCUGGUAUAUCGGUCUUGUGUUUUUCAUACUCAACUUGGUCCUCUUCGUUAUGAGCUGUAUCUUGAUUGCGAUGAGAUUCGCGAUGGUCCCCGGAAGUUUCAUGCACUCCUUUUUGGACCAGAUGGAGUCCCUCUUCAUCCCAGCUGUGGUAGUAUCGGUCGCUACCAUCAUGAUCAACAUAUGUGAAUACGGCAUACCUUACACUGGCCCAUGGCUUCAACAUGUUAUGGAGUGGUUAUUCUGGGUCUACGUCAUCGUCAGCGUUUCAGCGAGCGCAGGGAUGUAUCUGAUCUUGUGGUCAACCCAAGUCUUUCCAAUCCACACUAUGACUCCGGUGUGGGUGUUCCCGGCAUACCCGUUACUGUUGACUGCACCUUUCGCGACCAACCUCAUCGCGGCCGAUCGAGUAGGGUCGGGUGAUCCGGAAAUCAACAGACUGGCGAUUGCGGUAUGUGCUGUCACUGUGCAAGGCACAGGGUUUCUUAUCAGCUUCAUGAUAUGCGCUGCAUUUAUCUACCGUCUGAUGACCCAGAAGCUGCCUCGCGACAUGCAACGUCCUGGUGUGUUCAUAUCUAUUGGACCUCCUGCGUUUACUGUAGCUGGAUUUGUUGCCCUCGGCCAACAAGCGGACAUCAUCCUCCCCGCCAAUCUUCAGGGUGAACCACACUUCAUAUUCAUCCUGCAGGUACUCUCCAUCCUCAUCGGGCUUUGGCUUUGGGGACUGAGCAUAUGGUUCUUCCUGGUAUCGGUCGGGUCUCUCUGGAAGUACGUCCGGCCUUGCGGAGUCAAGCACAAGAUGCCCUUUCAGAUGACUUGGUGGUCGUUCGUAUUCCCGAACACAGCUUUAAUCACUGCUACCGAAGCACUGGCACAGGCCUUGAACAGCGAUGGGCUUAAGAUAUUCGGCUGCGUUAUGGCUGCAGCGUUGAUUAUUGUCUGGACCCUCGUCUUUAUCACUAUGGUCAAAUGUCUCUGGAAGAGACAGCUGCUAUGGCCGAAGGAGCUUGAGAGCGAAUAG